AUGGCCUGUCUAUAUCUUCUUACAAAAACCAGUUCGACCAAUGCUCUUCUAGCCACGGUAGUGGUGGGCCUGGUGGCGGUGGCGGUGGCGGUGGCGUUGUCUUCGUCGCCGCCCGUUGUGGGCUGCUACACUUCUAUAUUCGGGUUUGGGGAUUCCAUAACGGACACGGGAAACUAUAUGACUUCAUGCUUGAAGGGAGUUGUGCAAUGUGAUGAUGAGUAUCUCAAAUGUAGCGUUCCACCCUACGGAGAAACAUUCUUCCACCGUCCCACCGGACGUUGCUCCGAUGGCCGUCUUAUCAUAGAUUUCAUUGCUGAGCAUUAUGGGCUUCCACUUGUACCACCGUACGCCGGCGGCGAAGAUAUAAAACUCGGAGGAAGUGUGAACUUUGCCGUAAUUGGAGCUCCGGCUCUAGACGAUACCUACCGUGAUGAACAAGGAACUCUUACUCGUAAAGAUAUCUCCAUGAAGGCUCAACUCGAUCGCUUCAAAAACUUGCUCCCAUCUAUCUGCAAAACCUCAAAUUGUGAAGAAAUAUUUGGUAGCUCGUUGAUUGUAUUCGGACCUUUUGGAGGUGAUGACUACUCUUCUGCCAUGUCAAAGAAAGAUAUUAAAGAAGCACAUCUCCUCCAGCCUCGAAUUGUUAAUGCAAUUGCAUCAGCCGUUGAGGAACUAAUUGAGCUAGGUGCUGUAAACAUCAUGGUGCCUGGGUUGAUGCCAGACGGGUGUAUAGCAAUUACAUUAACACUUUUCUAUGGUUCAAACCAGAAUGAUUAUGACCUAACAACGGGUUGUCUCAGUUGGCUCAACGAAUUUUCACAAAAUCAUAAUAAAUUACUUCAAAAUGAGUUGAACCGGAUUCGUGAUCGUCAUCCUAAUGUUUUUAUUACUUAUGCUGAUUAUUACAACGCCGCAUUACAACUUUUUGGCUUUCCUGCAAAAUAUGGCUUUCAUGGAAGAACACUUGAUGCUUGUUGUGGGAGUGAAGGUCCAUACAAUGUUGACACCAGUAUAGGAUGCGGUUUUCCCUCUUCAAAUGUGUGUGCAGAUCCUUCCUCUUAUAUCGAUUGGGAUGGUCCACACCUUACAGAAGCAGCCAAUAGAUGGAUUGCCAAGGGAUUGCUAAAUGGGUUAUAUACUAACCCAAAUAUUACUGCCUCAUGUGUUUCUGCAACAUUAAAUAAUCUUUAG